AUGCCCCGUGCCAUCAGAGGCGUCCUGAUCGAGUGCGAUCCCUCCAUCAAGUCCAUCCUGGUCAACAUUGACAGUCAGAAGCACGAAUUCAUCAUCGAGGAUCUAGACGAUGAACGCGUCGUGGUCAAGGAGAACAUGGUAGCUGUUUUGAAGCAGAAGCUAGAGGAUCGUCUCAAGGAAAAUCUCCCUCCUGUAGAUGAGUCCGGGUCCGAGUAG